AGAAGAAGCUGAGGAUCAUUUCUCGUCCUUGCGUUGGCAGAUCACCGCAGCAUUUCUCUCGAGUAUUUUGAAUAGUUGCUGCAGAGCCCCGGAGUUAUAACGUCUUUAUGCUGUUGUAAGAGUUGAAAUGUAAAAAAAUCUUAAAAACUGAAACCACCAAGGUUUAAUGUAUGGCAGUUUUUAUAAGCUUGGGGAAUCCUAAAUUCUUUUAAAGUAAGAAGUGAACUAAACUGACGUUAUCCUGCGGGAGAAAUGCAGCUGAGGUGUUUUAGUGGUAAACCUCUACAACAGCUGUUAGUCAGACUGGGUGUCUGAAAGAGGAGACUUGGGUAUUUGCAUACUUGUAUUUUUGCCAAAACCCCUCCCAUGAAAUGCAACACAUUAAUUUAAUCCAUCACCCAUGUUGUAAAUAACUUUGUGGAUAUGUUGUGUGACUUUUAUUCAAACAAGAUCUGCACAACUGUUAACUGCUAUCAUCUGUCUCUAUGGACCCCUGAUCUCAUCAUGAUGACAAGAGUGGGCUGGAGGUGUGCAUUUUGGCUGCUGCAGUGUUGAAUCUCAGCAAACACAAGUAUGGACUCAACCUUUCUUGCUUUUGCUGGUCUUCGGAGUAUGAACUAAAGAAAGAAGAGUCAGGCAUGAGACUGCACAGGCUGGAAAGAUGUGACAGACGGUUCACGCAAGGAAUUAUGGAUGACAUUGUGGAAGAUUUGGUGCAGACUGAUAUAAGCGUGAAGUGUACAAGAAAGAGGAUUACAAGCAUUUGCUACAGAAAAACUCAAUUUUUACUUCUUGGAGAACAGCUGCUGCAUUUAUAUAAGCUCUCCAUGCCCCAAGUUACUGUUUGAACUGAGAACUUCUCCCAUUCACUAUGGGACAUGAUGACUGGACACUUAUCUACCCACAAGUGUCCCAAGUCUUUCGAGUACAUCUAUCUUUGUUUCCCUAUUGCUGUAUUUUGUUCUGAGUUUACUCAAGCAAAAGACGAAAAUCUUACUAUUUUGGUGUAUAUUGGUUUGCCUCACUGGCUUCAGUGGUGGAUCCCCAGUCAGUAUUAAUGUUUUAAGGGAUAAAAAAAAAGAAACCCUAUCAGAGACAAGUCAGAGACUAAUUUCCUGUCUCCGUGGUGAUGGGGAGCUCAGCCUCAUCUCUCGCUGCAGAAACUGAGUCAGACCAUGGCUUUCACAGCACCCCUUACCCCUCAUCACCCCCUGUGGGCUGGCUCAGGAACAGUCACAGCAGUCCAGUGUGGGGCACCACCUUCAUCACACGACAGCAGCACCCACUGCCUCAUCGAGAGCGCAGCCACUCUCACUCUCCUGGUUCCAUGGCAGCAGCAGUGCGUGGCAGCGAGUGGUCAUGUGGACGCUGCACCUUCCUAAAUGCCGGCGCAGCACCUCGUUGUUCCAUCUGUGAGGCUCCACGCCAGAAACCUGAUCUGAAUCAGAUCCUGCGGCUGAGCAGCUCUGAGGAACAUCGCUGGGCCUGUCCCCGCUGCACGCUCAACAAUCCCCAGGGUUCUGGAGCCUGCUCCGUCUGUGGCUUUGGUCCAUCCCCUUCCACCCACACUCCCCCUACCACCACCAUCGCUGCCACCUCCAAUGGCCUCCCGCCUGCACCAAAUGACCCCCCAACACCUGCCAUCACCCCCACAGUUCUGCUGGAGCCCCAAGGACAGCAUCCAGCUAAGGAGGAAGUGUUACGCCGGCCUGAGAGCAACGGGGAGGUGGGUGGUCUUGAGGGGCAGCACUCUGGCUGGGCUUGCCCACGCUGCACGCUACACAACACCCCUGUAGCGUUGUCAUGCUCAGCCUGUGGUGGACCCAGAAAACUGUCUUUGCCUAAAAUCCCCCCAGAGGCACUGGUGGUGCCCGAGGUCCGCACACCUGUGCUAGGGUUUCCUGUUCACGCAGCUGGAUCAGCUCCACUACUCAUCGACCUUACAGACGACUCCCCCACAGCCCUUCCUUGUGACCCCCAAGAAUCUUCCCAUGUGUCUGCACAGACUGUCUCUUCAUCUUUUGCCGCCUCUUUCUCUUCCCUCCAGAACAAUCCUGUACCCCGUAGCAGAAGAGAGGUGCCCCCUCCAGGGCGGCCACAAAACCCAGGAACUAACACCCCCAGCCCCACUUCUCCUUCAACAGCAAGUAUACCACCCCAGCCAGGCCCUCAGCGGCCAGUCAAGCCCAAACAUGCCCAACCCCAGGAACCUUCAUACCCCAGCAAGCGCCUCAGUAUCUUGGAGGAAGAAGACCCUCACCCAUUAACUCCCCACCUUGCUUCCUCUGCUGCCCCCACCUGGAAGUGCCCUAGCUGCUCAUUGUCCAACCCAGGUAGCUCAUCUAAGUGCGAGUCCUGCCGCUCAUCACGAGCUGGUUCUGACCUCAUUGACCUGGUAGGCUGCGAGACAGUACGAUUUACCCCAGCCAGCCCCUCUAGCCCAGACUUUAGCACCUGGGCCUGCUCCAAGUGCACCCUGCGUAACCCUACAGGUGCACCCAAGUGCUCAGCUUGUGGUUCUUCCAAACUGCAUGGCUUUCAGGAGCAGCAGCCACCUCUGUCCCGUUGCUGUACACACUGUGGCCUCCCAUCAGGGCCUGGCUCUGCAUCAUGCUCCUGUACACCUUCCUCCUCUUCCUCCUCCUCCUCAGGUCAUAAAACACGGAAACAAGCCCGAGGCUUUCCCUCCUCCUCUUCUGCUGCUUCUUCCUCUGGUUCCUCUUCAUCGACCACCUCAUCUAGCCUUCAGGAGAAGGUAGGACAGUGGAGCUGCCCAGCAUGCACGCUUCUCAACGACAUUAAGACCAAGAACUGUGCAGCAUGCCACACGGCACAGCAGUACCUCACGCUUCGCAAAGUGGUUAAGCCUCUGAAGAGGAGGGAGAGUAUGCAUGUUGAAGCCCGUCGACGGAAUGAUGAGGGCGAGGCGAAGGAGCUUUGGGAGAACAUAGUCAGCUUCUGUAGAGAGAACUCUGUGAACUUUGUGGAUGACAGUUUCCCCCCGGGACCUCGCUCUGUGGGCUUCCCUGAGGGUGACAGCGUUCAGCAGCGAAUCAAAAAGUGGCUGCGCCCCCAUGAGAUCAACUGCAGCAAUUUCAAAGACCGAGGAGUCAAGUGGUCUGUCUUCCGUGCACCAAGACCCUCUGACAUCCUCCAAGGACUCCUUGGAAACUGCUGGUUCCUGAGUGCGCUGGCAGUGUUGGCAGAGCGUCCAGAGCUGGUGGAGAGGGUGAUGAUCACCAGGACCAUUUGCCCCGAGGGCGCCUACCAGGUUCGGUUAUGUAAAGAUGGGACAUGGACGACUGUACUGGUGGAUGACAUGCUGCCCUGUGAUGAUUAUGGAUACCUCCUCUUUUCCCAGGCCCAGAGGAAGCAGCUAUGGGUGGCACUGAUUGAGAAGGCCUUGGCCAAACUACAUGGAUCCUAUUUUGCCCUGCAGGCAGGGCGUGCCAUCGAAGGUCUGGCCACGCUCACCGGCGCUCCCUGUGACUCUCUGAUGCUCCAGGUCAGCUCCACCAACCCUCGAGAGGAACCCAUCGAUACAGACCUCAUCUGGGCCAAGAUGCUCAGCUCAAAGGAGGCAGGGUUUCUGAUGGGUGCGUCAUGUGGAGGAGGCAACAUGAAGGUAGACGAUGCUGUUUAUGAGUCCUUGGGUCUGAGGCCUCGACACGCAUAUUCCAUCCUGGAUGUUCGAGAUGUCCAGGGUUACAGGUUGUUGCGGCUGCGUAACCCCUGGGGUCGCUUCUCCUGGAACGGCAGCUGGUCAGACGAGUGGACAGAAUGGCCGCAGCACCUUCGUCAUGAGCUGAUGGCUCAUGACAGCAGUGAGGGGGUCUUCUGGAUGGAGUACACAGACUUCAUAAAGUACUUUGACUCUGUAGACAUCUGCAAGAUCCACACAGACUGGCAGGAAGUGAGGUUACAAGGCUGCUUCCCAAGCAAAGCCAAUGGGCCGGUCACAGUGACAGCCCUCACAGUGUUGGAGAGGACAGCUCUGGAGUUUGCCCUCUUCCAGGAGGGAAGCAGGCGUUCAGACACAGCUGACAGCCACUUACUGGACCUGUGCAUCAUGGUGUUCCGCGCCUCCUUUGGUAGUGGCAACAAGCUGACUCUGGGCCGUCUGUUGGCCCACAGCAAGCGAGCAGUAAAGAAAUUUGUUGGCUGUGAUGUCAUGCUGGAGCCAGGGGAGUACGCCGUUGUCUGUUGUGCCUUCAACCACUGGCAGAUGAACAUCAGCGGAAACGGAGGUCCACCCACACCCAUCUCAAGCCCCACCAGUGGAGCAGCACGACGGCCCAGCCAGGACUUCCCAGGCUACAUCCUGGCCAUUUACAGCUCCCGACAAGUGAUGGUGGAGCAGGUGGAAGCAACUGCAACCACACUGGCCGACGCCAUCAUUUUACUCACUGAAAACAAAGGCGAAAGACACGAGGGCCGCGAGGGCAUGACAUGCUACUACCUGACCCACGGCUGGGCAGGGCUCAUCGUGGUGGUGGAAAACCGCCAUCCGAAGUACUACCUCCACGUCUCCUGUGACUGCACUGACAGCUUCAAUGUGGUGUCCACUCGCGGCAGCCUCAAGACCAUCGACAGCGUGCCACCUUUGCACAGGCAAGUCCUGGUGGUGCUCUCUCAGCUGGAGGGAAAUGCUGGCUUCUCAAUCACCCAUCGCCUGGCUCAUCGUAAGGCAGCCCAGGCCUCCCUGGGUGACUGGACUCCAACCAAGGCCACCCACAGCCCCCAGCUUACUCCAGACAUUGAUGGCCUGCACCGGCCCAGACCACUAUGACCCCUGCCCACUUUUACCCCUCACGCACAGACUUUAAUCCAAUGAUUUGUCAGACCACUGGAAAGUCAGGCAAGGGUCAUAAAAUGUUGUGUGGAGCCCUAAAACAUAGAGGAAGAGGAGUUUUAUGUGUCUUUUUAGGUGUAGUAGACAUGAAUGUAAAGCGUACAUGGGCAGCAUUAAUCUUUAAUGCUCCACAAAAUCCAGCUGUUCAUUGUCAUGUGGUCUGCCCCCCUUGCCAAGUGGAUGUGCCAUGUCGGGAUGAAAUGAGGGAAAGUGGGCCAUCUGAAGUGACCAAGAGGAAAAAUGAUCAUUUCCCCUGUCACUUAAGAGGAUUCAGUUCGAAUUACUUUAAAUUCUGGGUGUUUUUGGUUGCUUGUUGGGCUGGUUGCGAAACAGACGUCUGCCUUCACUUUUAAUACAUUUUGGAGGCAGUCUUCCUUUCAGUGAUCUUAAAAAAAUGGGUGGAGUGCUGAAACUACUGAGCCAUCUGCCACCCCAAAGCAAAUGAGCCCGUAACCUGUUGUCAGGCGCUUGCCCUACAUGUCGUCCACAGUGACGGCUAACAAAGAGGAACAAUUCCUACAUAGUUUAUCUCACCCGUCAUUAAUAAACGGUACACAAUGAGCCAAAUCUAACCAGUUUCACUCACCAUAAUUUUUCUCUUUUUUUUUUCUUUUUAUUUUUCUAUUGUUUAGUCUUUUUUUAUACUCAUCACUUGUUGCCGUCUUAUACACAUACGUUUUUUAUUGUGGUUGUCAAAGCCAUUAUUCAUACAGUGCUGUCUGUCCCUGCUCUCCAUCUUCACCACAGUGCUGUCUAGCACACUCUUUAGCUCAGGGCCAAACCCAUGUUUUGUACAGUAAAUAAGAUUCAUGUGUCGCAGUCGUUAAAAGUCGUUCUUUUUUUCUUUCUCUUCUGCCCUUUUUGAGAGGAAUUGUUAAAUAUGGAGUUUUUAUCUGUAAAAAUGCAGAAACAAUAGAAUUUCUACUCUAGUGUUUUCUCUACAGAGAAAAGACAUUUAUAUAAGGAUCCUUUCUCAUACUUUGCUAAUUCAUUAGUUUGGGAUCUAAAUGCUGAAGACGAGUCAUGACAUGGCCAGACUUCUAGCAGACCCCCUCAGGCACAUUAGUUUUAUUUGGCUGCAUCUUGCACUCUUCGCACCCUGUGAAGGGCAGUUGGUACGCAUUUCUCACACUUGCACAGUUUGCCAGUAUGACAGUUUAUGGUUUAGUGUAGUUCGGGAGCAGUGGAGGAGCUCUUUUUGAGCAGUUUUCCCCAGGGAGGCUCUUAAAAAGCGCCGCCAAAUUUACUUCUGGUGGUCAGGGACUACUUUUGUUUGCUCUGAAACAGAACAGGCAACCAGGCCGUCCUCCCACAGGCACACUCGACAGCAUGUUUGCAACAAGACAGUCCUCAUGAAAUAACAAAUUACCAUUUUGUCAGGCUGGGUGCACGCAGAACAAGAGAGACAAGCAACCCCUGAGACGCUCUGACAUAACAGAUGGUUUUCUUCGGGUGUCGUCUGCAUUGUUUCAAAGGAUGAGUUGCUUACAGCUGUUUUAUGUAGGUUACCGUUUAGGGCACCAGUGUCAAAGCCAUUACUGCUGAUGUUUCAGUCCUCACCAUGGCAACAUAAAGAGGUACUAAAGGAAAAGGAAAUAGUGGAUGACUAUUUCAAGUAAAUGUCGGUAUCUUACAAUAAUGACGUAAAAUGAGGGAAAAACUUGAAAGCUGAUGAGCAAAAUUCCUGAAGCAUUUAUACAGUUAGUGAUUGUUUUCUAGAGAUCAUUUUAAAGUAAAACACUCUAUGAGAUGCUUUACUUACGGUGACAUUGAGUUAAACAAGUGUUGAACCAUGAAUCAUCUCACAAGCAUCGUCCUAUUUGUUUGUAUUUUCAGCAUUAAUGGUAAAUGACAUCACUGUGUCCCAAAGCUUGCAGUUGUCUUCUGCACAGCCACGUCUACCAGUGAUGGUAGGCUGUCCUUCAUGUCAUCUUCAGAAUCAUUUCUAGGCUGCUAAAGCUUUGGGAAGUUUCUAUGAUGAAGCCUGAUGCUGAAGUAACUGUAAAUAUGUUUUCCAAAGAAACAUCCUGUGUGAAGACCACUUCUGUAUGUCUGUUUGUUGUAUGAGUGUUUGCGUGAUAAGAGCCGCAUAGCUGUGAAUUUAGCAUCUAAUUUAUUUGUACAUUUGAUCUGCAGGCAUGUUUUCUGAUGAAUACUGUUGAAUAACUGAGCUCAUGGAUGACAGAUUAAGGAAUGUGAUGCAGUGUGGCUUUAGUCUGAACCCAGAGGAUUAGCUUGACAAGAAAUGAAACUGCACUGAAACACCUGCAAAGAUAAGGCACCUCAAAAUUAAGUGUCACUGCUGGAUCACUUUAUUUUUACAUGAGAUUUUUUUUAAAACUAUGUCUUCUUUUUGUCAUAUUUGUUAUGUCCUGUGGAGCCUCACUUUUUUCUGUUGAGUUGAUGUUUCCUCUGUGCUUUAGGGGCGCCCCCUGUUGUUGACUAGGCAGCAGCCAGAGAAGAGGUGGUCCGUGCAGUCGACACAAUGCCUUUUCUCUUUCCUCGUUUGUCCACUUCCCUCGUUGUAAAUUGUACAGAUUACAAACUUACAUUACAAAAACAAGAAAAAAUACAGGAGAAAAUCAGCUGAUCCUCUUAAAUCUAAUAUAAAAGGAUGAUAGAAACAAAAAAGAUUCAUGCUAAAAAAGAAAAGAAAAAGUUAAACUGACGAAUGUGAUAUAUAUUUUAUUGAUCUUUUUGGGGGGCCUGGGUAUGACUAUGUGUACAAAUAUGUAUGUUUAAUUUUCAAUCUCAGGUUCCAAUGGACCAAAUAAAUUUUUUUAAUUAAAAAGCUGAAUUGGUUAUUCAUUGUUUUUUUGU